AAUUAAUGUAAACAUUAGCUUCAUAAAAACUUUGCAAUCAACAACAAUCGAGAAUAAUUUUAAAGUUUUUGUGAAAUUUAAAGAAUUAAGUUGAAGUAAAAUAUUUGAAUUUAAGCAAAAGUUUUAUAAAUUCUUUCCAAACAUGUCCACAUUUGAGAGAAAAAUCCGAAAGCUGAAGCGGACCGUCAAAAAUAUUGUUGUUGAAAACUCAGCUUUGUGCGAUAACAUCUCUAAAAUCCAGAACACAAUCGAUGUUUCUAAAAUGGAACGUGACUUUCUUCUUCGAAAGCUAGCUGAAUAUGAACCAGAGUUCUUCACAUCCAGCACAGAAGCAGUUGUGAAAUACAAAAGAAAAAAUUCCGACACAAACUCAGAAGCCAGCAUGAGUCAGCGUCCAUAUGAAGUCAAAAAACUUGUUGGAUCGACGUCAAUUAUCAAAAAGCAAGUCCAAGUGGGUCCACAAAUUCCACGAUUGCCACUGAUCCUCUCAAAUGAUGGAAUUACUGUUUUAAAUUUUGGUAAAAUUGUCUACGACCGGCCAGCUUACCAUACAGAGAAUGUCAUAUAUCCAACAGGAUAUAAAAUUUCGAGGGUCUUUAAUGGAACCAACUUUAUAUGCAGGAUCCUCGACAAUGGAAAUUUCCCUCUUUUCGAGAUUUUUAAGGAAUCAGAUCAAUACACAAAAUUCAUUGGCAAUUCAGCAGAUGAUGUUCACUCAGAACUGCUGCAAGCAUCUGAAUGUAGAUCUUCAAUCAUUAUUCCAGAUGGUGAUCGAUUUUUUGGACUGAGAAAUAAGAUUGUUGUGGAUCAUUUGACUCAACUGCCAAAUGCUAAAAGAUUAGGGAAAUUAAAUAAAAGUAGUCAUUCUGAUAUUGAUAUUUUUAAGCGAUAGUGAUGUGUCGUGCAUUAGUUGUAAGGAGUUAAUGAAUAAAAUUGAGAAUUUCUAAGAAUUAAGCUAUGCGAAUUAAUUGAAUUAAAUUUAAAUCACUUUUGAGGGUUUAAAAUGCAAUAAGAAUCUAAUUAGAUAGCAUGACACAGUCCCGAAUGGCACAAGU